AUGAGCCCUGUCGGGCCGCUGUGCCAGCUGCGGGCGGCAGUCCGGCUCGGGCUCGGGCUCGGGCUCCCGCGGGCGGCCGCCUGGGGCGGGGGGCGCCGGGCACUGGGCACGCGGGCGGAGGCCGGCGCGCACGACCGGCCGGGGUCGCGGGGCUGCGCCGUGCGUCUCGGCUGCGCCUCCGCCUUCUGGGGAGACACGGCGGCCGCAGUUCCUCAGCUACUAUAUGGAGAGAAGCUGGAUUAUCUGGUUUUUGAUUACCUCUCAGAGAUAACUAUGUGCCUCCUAACUGCUGCCAAAAUAAAAUCACCUGAUUUGGGCUAUGUUCCUGAUUUUGUACAAAUGGCCAUGGCUCCAUAUAUAAAGGACAUUCACAAAAAAGGCGUGCGUGUGGUCAGCAAUGCUGGGGGCACCAACCCUCUCCUGUGUGCUGCUGCCCUGGACAAGGUGGCCAGGAAGGCUGGUGUGGAUUUGAAAAUAGCAGUGGUCACUGGAGAUGACAUCCUGGGAGAGAAGGAGGCUCUGCAAGGAUCCGCUACCACAGAUAUGGAGAGUGGGAAGAAAUUUCCAGACACCAUUGAAAGCAUGAAUGUGUACCUUGGAGCAAGACCCAUAAGCAGGGCCCUGGACCUGGGUGCUGACGUCGUUCUGACAGGGCGCUGUGUGGACAGUGCUCUCGUGCUGGGACCCCUCAUUCACGCUUUUGGUUGGAAAAGCAAUGACUUUGACUUAUUAGCCGCUGGAAGCCUUGCAGGCCAUCUCAUUGAAUGUGGUGCUCAAAGUACUGGUGGAAUAUUCACAGAUUGGCAUUUGGUGCCAGACUGGCACAACAUAGGAUUUCCCGUACUGGAAUGCUUUCCUGAUGGACGGUUCAUCCUCUCCAAGCCCCCUGGCACUGGGGGAAUGGUUUCCUUUGGCACGGUGGCUGAGCAGCUGGUGUAUGAGAUUGGUGAUCCUCAGCGUUUUCUGUUACCUGAUGUCACUUGUGACUUUUCUCAAGUCUCCAUUACUGAAAUUCCAGGUGUUGAAGGUGGAGCCGUGUGGGUUCAAGGAGCAAAGGGGUCACUUCCUUCUUCCUUUUACAAGGUAAGCGCUUCUUAUCACGAUGGUUUCAGAGCAACUGCUGUCUGCCCAAUUGGAGGGCCAAAAGCUACUGAAAAGGGAAGGAGAACAGCUGAGAGUAUUUUGAAAAGGACUCGUCUUAUGUUUGAAAAAGCUGGCUUAGAAGAUUAUAGUGAAGUUCACGUACAAAUUUUAGGAUCUGAAGAAACAUAUGGAGCACAAGCUAAAGCAAAUUUAAAUGGAGGUCCUCGAGAAGUAGUUCUUUGGCUUUCAGUACAUCAUAAAGAGAAGAAGGCACUGGAAAUUUUUUCAAGAGAAAUUGCACCAGCAGGCACUGGGAUGGCACCUGGUUUGAUGGGAGUGGUUGGAGGUCGUCCAAAAGUAUCUCCUGUUCUAAAACCAUUUUUCUUCCUGUAUCCCAAAAAAAAGGUUAAGAUUGAUAUCCACUUGAUUAAUGGAGAGCAUAUGGAAACCUUCUAUGAAGAUCUCACCUUUACACAGGACACAUUGGCUUCACCAAAUUUACCCAACAUAGCUGAUGACCUAAAAGAUCUACCAAGUGGCUCACAGACAUAUCGCUUAGAAGAUCUGGCCUACGCAAGAAGUGGGGACAAAGGCAACUCUGCAAAUAUAGGCAUCAUAGCACGGCAUCCUCUCUACUACCCAUACUUAAAAAAAUUUCUAACUGCUCAAGCCAUAGAAGAUUAUUUCCAACAUAUUCUGCAUAAAGAAGAACUUGGAGAAAAUUCAGUAAUAAGAUAUGAUUUGCCAGGAAUAUAUGCAUUAAAUUUUGUUUUAAAAAAUUCCCUCGGUGGUGGAGGCACUGCCUCCUUGCGAAGUGACCCCCAGGGCAAAGCAUUUGGACAGAUGGUACUGGACAUCCAGAUAAAAAAUGUUCCUGAUUUAAAGUCAUUAGUAGGUGGCUGA